UCUCGCCAUUUCAAAAACCGAACUGCCCUCUCCGACCGCCUCGCCGCGGCCUGUCCCCCUCCUCCGCCCUCACCCCUCUCGAGACCACUCUUCACCGGCGGCGGCCCCCUUCCCUCUUAGCCCGGCGGGCAGCGCAUCGCUCCUCUCUACCGAUCGACGGCCUUUCUUCCCCCUCCUGGCUCCUCCUCCCGGGUGUCGGCAGAUCUGUGCGGCGGCGGCCGUCUUCGUCGGCGGCGCGCCCGGCCGGCCGUCGUCCCUAACCUGAUCCCUUCAAGGCUUCUGCUACAGAGAGGGGAUUGAGCACACAGUAUUCACUUGUGAUGACAAGUGAUAAAGGAAAGGCUUCGAAGAAGGCUGGAGAUGCUUCUGGACAGCCAUCUACUCCUCAAGAAGGGAAAGUCAGCAAUGAGCCACAGAGGCAACGGUCGCUCAACGGGAGGACUACCGGCCCCACACGACGCUCAACCAAAGGAAAUUGGACACCUGAAGAGGAUGAUAUAUUGUCCAGAGCAGUUCAGACUUACAACGGGAAAAAUUGGAAAAAGAUAGCGGAAUGUUUUCCUGAUAGAACCGAUGUACAAUGCUUGCACAGAUGGCAGAAGGUUCUAAAUCCUGAGUUGAUCAAAGGGCCAUGGUCCAAAGAAGAAGAUGACAUCAUUGUUGAGAUGGUACAGAAAUAUGGUCCAAAGAAAUGGUCAACCAUUGCUCAAGCUUUGCCAGGACGUAUAGGAAAGCAAUGUCGGGAACGGUGGCACAAUCAUCUGAACCCUGGCAUAAACAAGGAUGCAUGGACUCAAGAAGAGGAAAUUACGCUCAUACAUGCCCAUCGAAUGUACGGAAACAAAUGGGCUGAGUUGACAAAGUUCUUACCGGGAAGGACUGACAAUUCGAUAAAAAAUCACUGGAACAGUUCUGUAAAGAAGAAAAUUGAUUCAUAUAUGUCAGCAGGUUUACUUGCUCAAGUCUCGUGUCUCCCACUUAUUGAACACCCUGCGAAUUUUAACUCCUCACCGGCGAUGACCCAACAAAACAGUGAAGAUAGUGGCAGCAAUGCUGUCAGGGAGGUUGAAGAUUCAUCAGGGUGUAGUCAAUCGUCGUUGGCCAUUGUUUCUUGCUCACAAGUGCAGAAUGGAAAUUCGGCCCUGAGCUCUGAUUUACAACUAAAUGUUGAUCCCAGCAAGAUAGAAACACAUGAUUCUCAAUCUCUUAUGUGUGAGGAAGCAUGCUAUGCUUCCACCGAGGGUGUUGCAUCUGCUUUGUCUGAGGUUCAUUGCCAUGUUUCUUCCUCCGGAUUUGCUUCAGAUAAACACUCACAACAGGAGUUUGCUCAAAGAAUGAAUUUCGAGAUGGAAAUUGAUGAAGCACCAAGUAACUCUGUGUUUGUAGAUAAUCAGACAAUCUGUAGCACAUCGAACAAUGAUAGAUCUAUGUUACAGUAUGAGAUAGCACCAGAUAUGCCUAUCUCAGUACUAACAAGCAUUUCUGGAGCUGAGGAAAAAGUACAUUACAUUUCUGAGGCUGACUUCAGCAGUCCUAAUUGUUUCAAACCAGAACUUUGGCAAGAUAUUUCCUUCCAGAGUCUUCUUUCUGCACCUGAUAUAGUUGAUGAUGAUUCUUUUUCAAGACUAGGUCACCAGUCAGAUGCAUAUUCCUCUAAAGAGGACACCAAUUUUGGGGCACCACCCGAACCAUCACAUGCAUCAGAUCCGUCCAGUCUGAUGGUGACUGCGUAUGGCCAGGGUCCGAUGAUGUCAUUACCACAAUCUCUUAUCUGUUCAAAUGAUUUGUCUGAUGCACCUGAUGAAGAGUCGAGAGAGAUGCCAGUUUCUGGAUCAGAGAUGGUUGUAUACACGCACGAUUCUCUUGGUGAUUCUGAGCAGCCUGCUAAUCAUGGCAGCAGUGGUGGUGGACAUGAUGCUUCUGCAAUUAUUGAAAGGAUGCCGGAAAAUGGGGACAAGCAGUUGACUGAUGCUGAAGAACCACCAUUGGCACAGAGUGAGGCUGCAUCAGAUGGAAAGCAAGAUAAGGGAGCCCUAUUCUAUGAACCUCCUCGCUUCCCAAGCAUGGAUGUUCCAUUUGUCAGUUGUGAUCUUGUAACUUCUGGCGAUCUCCAAGAAUUUAGUCCCCUUGGCAUUCGUCAGUUGAUGCGCUCAACAAUGAAUGUAACGACUCCAUUGAGAUUGUGGGGCUCCCCUCCACGCGAUGAAAGUCCUGGUGUUGUGUUGAAGAGUGCUGCCAAAAGCUUCAUAAGCACACCAUCUAUAUUAAAGAAACGACCAAGAGAUCAAUCAUCCCCGACUCCAGAUAAAAGAAUUCAGAAAAAAUCCGAGACUGAAAAAGAUCACACAAUUGCUACCAAAUCCCUUUUUGGCACUGAUCGAUCUACCUCUUUUCAAUCUCUGGAGAAGAAACUUGAAUUUUCUUAUGAAAGCAAGGAAUUUUUUUGCGAAACAAGUGAGAUGCCAAAAGAUGGACAAAAUGCAUUGAACAGCCAUCCUUUCGAUGAGCAUGCGAGAGCGGAACAAUGUUCCACUUCAAAUAAGGUCAAUACUAAAGAUGAUCUUCCAGAAAAUUUUCAACCUUCAGGUGUUCUUGUUGAGCACAAUGACAAUGCCAUCCAUGAUCAUGGCGCAAAUGUCAUGGAUCAGAAAAUGAACACAAAUCCUGAAGCUUUAUCUGCCUGUAAGGAAAGAACAUGUGCUAAAUCAAAGUCCACAGAACUCAUUGCUGAGAAAUCUUCACCUUGCAUUCAUAUGGAUUAUGAAUAUGUGAACAUAUUGGCUGAUACCCCUGGUGUCAAAAGAGGAUUGGAAUCUCCUUCGGCUUGGAAGUCUCCUUGGUUUAUCGAUAUGCAAUAUAAGGGGUCCUACUUUGUCAGCCCAGCAGAUACAACCUACGAUGCAUUAGGAUUGAUGAAACGGAUAAAUGUGCAGAGUGCUGCUGCUUUUGCGGAUGCCCGUGAGGUCCUGGCAAGUGGCAGUCGAUGUGACAGCAAAGAUUUUGAUAAGGAAAACAAGGAAAACAUAGAUGCCGAGAACGAAACGGGGACUAGCAAGACACAAACAAAAAUCAUGGCUGAGGCAAGAGUCCUUGACUUCAAUGAGUGCGCCACACCAGUAAGAACAGCAGGCAACAGCGUCGGCAGCGGCCUGUCAAGAUCUCUCAGCUCUCCCAUUCCUUCCUCCCACCUCCUGAAAAGUUUGCGAUAGGGAUACACCAGACCAGAGACAUUCUUUGAUAGCGCGUUACCAGCAUGUACAUGCCUCCUCGUAAAUCCCAACACCCAAUUGUCCUCUUGUUCGCUGCUUCUGUUACCCUUGUAACCUGUGACUGGGCCGCUGUUCGGCAUGCAAUUUCAGCCCUUAAAGGAUCCCCAGACUGUUGAAACCUGUACAAUUUAAUUUAUAUAUUGUUAAUAUGUGACAUCCCAGACCCAGACUCUCACUGUCUUAGUGAGUCUGGUAAACGGGACAGUUUUGAGCUCGUCUAGUUAUACAUUUGCAACUUGUUUACUUUUUCCUGGAGAUUGAAAUCCAUUUUUGGUACCAGGUUUGGGUACAAUAUCUAUGUACAGUUUUAUCUAUGAUCAACUUGUAUUUUCAUGUCA